UGCGUUCGCCGCUGUCCUGUCUGGCCGACCCGGUGUCUGCUGCUCCGCGCUCUGCGGCGCUCCCACCCCGAAUCCCAAAAUCUCAACCUUCCUCGUAGCUCACCUCCCCCGGCUCCCCGGUCCUCCCCUCCCCGCUCCCCUUCCCAACCCGGUGAAUGCACCAGCGCCGAUAAACAUGACGGGCAUCGCCGCCGCUUCUUUCUUCUCCAAUUCCUGCAGGUUCGGGGGCUGCGGUCUGCAGUUCGAGACUCUCGCCGAGCUCAUCGUCCACAUCGAGGACAAUCACAUCGACACAGAUCCGCGGGUCCUGGAGAAGCAGGAGCAACAGCAGCCCACUUAUCUGGCCCUAAGCUACAUCAACAGGUUCAUGACGGAUGCAGCGCGCCGGGAGCAGGAGACCAUGAAGAAGAAGGCCGCGCCCAAGCUGUCCCUGGCCCUCACUGGCGGAGUGUCCAGGAAUAGCACGGCCACGCCUCCUCGACACACCAGCGGUAACCUGACGCCUCCGGUCACACCCCCCAUCACUCCCUCUUCCUCCUUCCGCAGCAGCACACCUACAGGUGGCUCCUGCAGUGAGCAGACCAGUCAACACUCUGCUAAUUACAUAGCAGCUGUCACGCUGUGUGUUAGCAUGGGGCCGUGUGUUGCUCAGCCCAGAAGCAGAUGUCCAAUUCCAGCCCAAAUGGUUCCAAACGUAGUGUUAGGCAGCGAGUAUGAUGAGGAGGAGGUAGACUACGAGGAGUCGGACAGCGACGAGUCGUGGACCACAGAAAGCGCCAUCAGCUCUGAGUCCAUCCUCAGCUCCAUGUGCAUGAAUGGGGGAGAGGAGAAGCCGUUCGCCUGCCCCGUCCCCGGCUGCAAGAAGAGAUACAAGAAUGUGAACGGUAUCAAGUACCACGCCAAGAAUGGUCACCGCACGCAGAUCCGUGUGAGGAAACCCUUUAAGUGUCGCUGCGGCAAGAGCUACAAGACCUCGCAGGGCCUGAGACACCACACCAUCAACUUCCACCCGCCCGUCUCCACCGAGAUCCUGCGCAAAAUUCAAGGCUAGAGGCCGCGCUCACACCGAUCUCUGCCCCAAACAUAGCCCUGUCCUGACUUUCCUCACACGACCCUUUUUAUUCCAAUCCCACACACUAAAGGAUCAAGUGCGUGCUUUAAUUAUCUUUUUUUCAUCCUUUUCUUCGUAUGCGUUACAUUAUUCUUUUCUAUCCAUGUUAUAUCAAUUAUAGUUUAAAAAAAAACAAAACAGUAUCUUAGUAGUAUUUUUUAUUGUUGUACAUUUGCACAUUCGUAUAUGCUAUCACGUUAUUUUUUUUCCUCUAUUGUUUGACUCGCAUAAGGUGCUAAACGUAAAAAACAGAAAGAAAAGACACAAAAACAAAUGACAUGAAAGAAGACGGGAAACGUAAAAGAUGUGAAAGAGGAAGUGCAACCAAGCCCCGCCCCUUUCCCUACUCGUCUCUGAGUGGGAUGAAGUUGACAUUAGUGCCGAUCUGAGUUCAGUGGUUGUGUCGCUUCUUCGUUCGAUUCAGACGGUUCACUGAGCUUAGAUCUGUGCCUUCAAAGUAACUUCUGAGGGUUCCAGUGCAAGAGUUAAGUUAUACUUUAAAUAGAUAUAUUGAUAUAUAAACAAUAGACAGAUAUGUAUGUGUACAUAAAAAUAUAUAAAAGUAUUCAUGAGCAUAUACAUAAAUAGUUACACUUCAAGCUUUAUUUUAUAUAUUUUAUAUAUUUUUGUCGGUGUAUUUUUCUGUGUAUCAGUAAGUGUUCCUUUCAUUCCUUAUUUGCUGAGACGGCCAGGCCGAGGUCAAACCGCUGCCUUUAGGUUUGGAGAGUUUUCUCUCGCCACACCCUAGAGAUGAAGAGCCAGAACGCCUUUCGGUUUGACACUCUGAAUUGUGUGCGAUGUUUCACUGUUGAUCAGGAAGGAGCGCUCAGCGCCGAACCUGUUCGAACACAGCCCAAGGCCAACGAUCCAUAUCGUGAACAUUUCAUCCCCACGGAAAGCCAUCCAUGUAUUCCACAUCUCCAGUGUUUCCUCAUUCAGAGUGCCAGAGCUGUGUUCAAGAGACUUAGCCGCGAACGCCGGCUAAGCAUCAUAUUCCAGUUGCCAAGAUCUUUGUUGUUGUUUCGUUUUUUUCCAUGAUGUUGCCAACAGCUCUCCACUGCCAAACACUGACCAUACCAUGUGCCUGAUGAGGGGGGGGGAGGGAGGGAAGGGGAGGGAGGUUUCGGUGGGUGGGUAGAGGGUGGGAGUUAAAAUGUUUUCACCCUGGAGGUCGCCAAACGCGUGGCAAUGAUUUACUUCUUCAUUGCGCCUCCAAAAUGUGCGCAUGAGUGGAUGUACAUCGACAGAAUGUUCUCAUGCAUGCUUUCUGUGUCGUAAAGAGAGAAAUAAAGUGUGAAAGAUUUGUGUUUGAAAGAGAUUAUCACCUACAGCCCGUCAUUCUGUGCGUGUGUGUUGUAGAUGAGAGCAUUCUAGUUCAUUGUGUGUGUGUGUGUGUGUUUCAGCAGUAUCCAAGUCAUCAGCCUGUAGAGUGUUCCUGUAUUCUGUGUUUCAGUGCUCUGGUCUGUCGUGGUGUGUGUGUGUGUGUGUGUGUGUGUGUGUGUGUGUGUGUGUGCGUGCCAUGCCGCUGGUUGGACUCCUGUGGAGCAGGAUGGCUAGCUAGCAGUGUCGCGUUAUGUUGUGUAGCGGUUAGCCAACUUGUUGCCCUUUGACUGGGAAUUCAUCGUUCAUUGCCUCUUAAGAAACAAAACAAGAGCGUUGCAGUGCAGCCGCCGCGUGCCAACACACAUUGUUUCAUAACAUCGUUUCCCACAUCGUGCACAAAGUUUUAAAAUCUGCAGAAUGCUCAAAGAACGAGCUUUUGUUCUUUUGAAGUGACCUCUGACAUGCACACACCCUCCCGUCCUCCAGACUUAUUUUCAUACACCUUUUGAUACUUCAUUUUCCACUCUUAUUUAUUUAGGGGGUUGAAUAAGCUAAUUAUUUAACUCUAAUUUCUUUUUAACAUUCUGUACUGUACUUAACAAUGCCUUUAACUAGUGUGCUACCUAACAAUAAGCACAAGUGUGUGCGUGUGUGUGUGUGCGUGCUUGAAAGACAUCCAUGUCUAUUCUGAAGCACCAAUAAGUGAACCAAGAUCUCCCAAAAUCUUGGUAUCAGUUUCAAAGUGUGUCCGUGGACUUACUACCCUGACAGUAAUGGUUCGCGUGCGAUUAGAAAAGCUUCAUUCCUGCCUCUCAGCGUAGGGGAAGAGUUUCAGAGACGGAGACUGUGAGUCUCUGUCAAACACUCGUAAAAACCAUCCCUGCUUCACGGACACCACAGUCACCAUGGCAAUAGUUUCAGCUUCACACAGGGUCCAAUUGCAGUAUUACACAUAUGGGAGAGGAGGAGGAGGAGGAGCGGAGGCUGUGUGCAGAAGGAGGCGAGGGCGGGGGGUUUCAAUAUACUGUGUACAGUGAAUGUAUUGUAACGUGUCUGUUGUCAAGUGGUUUUAAAUUAUAUUUUCGUAUGUAACGUGGAGACCGAGGUUUCCUUUUUGUAUGGGGGGACAACAGGUUCUGAGCAGAGUGACUUGUAAAUGAUGUCAAAAUGUCUUUCUAUAUAAAAGAGAAGUUGCAUAAAUGUAAACAGGAAAUGACUGAAAAAAAAAAAAACAACAUAAAAAUAAAAGUGUAAAACUCUGUA